GAGGUCUGGUAGAGCUCUUAUUGCAACAGAGCCCGGCUCUAUAAAAGCCCUGGUGAGCUUAGACCUUUGCACAAGCCUGUCUCUGGGUGCGGGGCCUGACUGGAGUCUCUCCCGCCAGACAACACUCCUCCCUCCUCACCCUGUCUCCUAGAGUCAGGUCCUAAGAUCUUGAUCUCCAUCUUGACCAGCCCGGACAAUGCCCCCCAACCUCACCGGCUACUACUGCUUUGUCUCCCAGAAGAACAUGGAGGACUACCUGCAAGCCCUAAACAUCAACGUGGCUCUACGGAAGAUAGCGCUGCUGCUCAAGCCCGAUAAGGAGAUUGACCACCAGGGCAGCCACAUGACCGUGAAGACCCUCAGCACCUUUCGCAACUAUGUCCUAGAAUUCGAGGUGGGAGUUGAGUUUGAGGAGGACCUGAGGAUGGUGGAUGGACGAAAAUGCCAGACCAUAGUAACCUGGGAGGAGGAGCAGCUGGUCUGUGUGCAGAAAGGGGAAGUGCCUAACCGAGGCUGGAGGCACUGGCUGGAAGGAGAGACGUUGUACCUGGAACUGACUGCAAGGGAUGCGGUAUGCGAGCAGGUCUUCAGGAAGGUCAAGUAGCCAGAGAGGAGCCGAAAGCCACUCCAGACAGCGCCAGUCCCCAGACUCCUCUUGUUUGUGUACCUUCAAGCCCAGAUUGUCCCAGGUCAUCAGGCCCUUUCUUAUGCCCUUACCCUCCCUCUGAGUCUCUCCUCAGCCCUCCCCAUGUUAAUCUGUAACUUGCAGCCCCCAAGGCCAAAGUCCUUUCUUUUUCACACUCCACUGCCCAAUAGUGACCUUAUAUCCAGUUCAUGGUCUGGCCUCCUGGAUGAAAGAAACAGGCAAAGGGGCAAGGACACUAGAGAAUAACCAAUCUCAUCUCUCUUUAUUUUCCAUCUAAGAAAGAACUAAGUGUUGAGCAUUUGAGGGUUAGUGAAAAGUCUAUCCUGGAGGACCUUUUGGAACACUGUGACUGGGGUUCAAGACUUUAAGAGUCUUUUUGUCUA